AUUGACAAUCAGUGGAAUAUUUCUUGAUGAUAUGGACACUGGGCUUGUCUUAACGAAGUAAAUCAUCUGAUCGUCAUCAAUAGGGUGAUAACAUAAGGGCGGAUGUGUGAUUGAGCUGCUGGAAAAGGGUUCAGUAUUUUUUUUAGAUUUUUGGGGGAUUAUGGGGUCUUUAAGAGUGAGUCUGGGGGUUCUGGUGAUUAUCUGUUUCAUUGGAGCGAAAGUGGUAGUUGGAGAUGAUGAGGAGAUAUCCUUGACAAAGUUCGGGUCCAAAACUGGGCCCACCAUCCAGUUCUUCUACUGCUACUCCUGUGGAUACAAGAGAGUUUUCGAGGAGUACGCCAGUAUCUUAAGACAUAAAUAUCCAGAGCUUCAAAUUUAUGGGCAGAAUUAUGAUCCUCCGGGUUAUAACAUGCUACUCGUGAAAUUUUUGGGGACUGCGAAAAUCCUUAUUAUUCUCCUUAUAAUAUCGGGUAUAAACCUAACUCAAUGGCUGGGCCAGCAGCAGCAGCCUUUCUGGUGGGAGUGGUGUCUCAAUAAUAAAUUUUACGCCUGCAUAAUGAUUUUCUUCGUUUGCAAUGCCAUCGAGGGACAGUUGAUAUCCUCUGGAGCUUUCGAAAUUCAUUUCAAUGAUGUUCCAGUCUGGUCAAAAUUAGAAACAGGAAGGGUUCCCCAGCCUCCAGAGCUAUUCCAAAUAAUUGACAACCAUAUUCAAAUGCUCUUCCCAGACCGGGAAUCCCUGGAGAUGUCGUUCACCAAAUAAUAAAUUCAGUGUGACGAUUUUUUAAUUGAAUUAAUGGCCCGAAAUAAACAUUUUUAUUGCGACUGAUUGAUUGUAUCAAUCAAGUGAACACUAUCCAGAUACAAGUGCAUUAGUUUCUUUUCACUGAAGACUCGAGCCUGUCGACCAUGAGUCGUCAAUUGCGGCAUUGUUUUCAGAUGUAUUAAUUUUUCAAUGUCAAACCGGAGAUGAAUAGGUGUGUUGUCAUAUUAUGUAUAUAUGGUUUGUGCAGCUACAGUCAAGACUUGACUGAUCAAUACCAAAUGGUGUAAAUAUGGACUGGUGACAAUUGUCAGAUACCUCAUGGUAAACAAAAAUUGGAGGAGAAGGGGGGAGGGAUUUUUAUUGAGGGUGUGAGAAGUGGCGCAACAGUUAGGAGAAAAUGUCAAGCAACUUCUUUUAGCAGUCUAAUUAUCUACUCUUUAGAUGAUUCAAGGAUUUUUUUGUGCCGAGUUUAUCGUUAAAUGAUGCUUGAAAAUGUCUGGAAUUAAAGCAUUAAGGAUAAUUGGUCUCAGGAAUUGAGCAAAAGGGUCAUUUGAUCCCCAAGACUAUUUUUAAUUUUACCUUUUCAAGUCUUAUUUGACCCUCAAAACUAGUUGACUCUGAACUACUAAAAAAAACAAAUUCGUGAACUGCCCUAAGUAGCCAUUUAUUAAUUGAUUUUAUUCUGCGUUGGUGAUUAUUGAAUUACUUCACUAAUGAAUAGAUUCAUUAGAAAAUGGUAUUAACUAUACGUAUGCGAAAUUUAACAAACAAGGGAAAUAAAAUCAGAUUUUGUCGUAAGUCCACCCAUUACCGAGAUUAAUUCACCCCCAGCAAAGACAUCACACGAACACUUUUACCACUUUGUUGAUCAAAUGAUAAAAAAAAAUACAUGAAUGAUGAUGAACAAUUACCUUGACAUCACAGAAUCUGAGAUUUUAAUUUAUAAUUUCUAUGAGGGUGUCGUGAAUUAACUACUUUUCUUAUUUAGUUGUUAAUAAUUAAUUCAAUGUCUCAAAAAUUGUACAACUGAAUUUUGUUUAAAUAAAAAAAUCAAGUGAAGUUGGAA